GCGUGCCGCUCCUGUCGCCAGCGUAAACGGAGAUGUGACAAAGGGCUGCCAGCAUGUGGCCUUUGCCGCCGAAUGGGUCGCGUUUGCGAAUAUCAGCUGGAUAAUGUCGAUCCAGCCCCAUCUGCUACUGCGGCAGAAAUCGAGGCCCUACGGAAUAGGCUGGACAGGAUGGAGCGCCGGCUAGCUUCUGGGCCAACCACAACGAACACGACGACGCCAUCAUCAGACAACGGGUCAUUAUCGUCCUGGCCACUAUCAACUUCUGCAGCGCCAAGCGUAUCCGCUCAUCAAUUCGAUCUCCAGAACGAUCCGAGUGUACCUACUACAGCAUUGUUUCUCGACCUGGACGUCUUCGUAUGGGCACGAUGUUCUCUCCCGCCCCCAAAUAUAUCGGCAGUUCCAAUCCCCACUGAUAUCCUCACCGUUUUAACACAGGGCGGUUCCGUCGUUGAUGCCUCCAACAACUAUUUCAGCACUGUACAUCGAUGGCUACCUUUUAUUUCCAGGAGAAGGAUGGACCUAGGCUUCUCUAUACGUGAAGCAGGCCCUGAGUUAGCCAUGCUUUUCUUCUCCAUGAAGUUAAUUACUACCAAAAUUGAAGAUGACGCCAGUACAGACACUGGCGCCCAUUAUUUGAGCGCCAAGGGAUUCCUAGACACGCUGCAACUUAAUAAUGCUGUCUCGCUAAUAUGCUUGCAGAGUAUGAUCCUUGUCGCAUUAUACGAGUUCAGUCACGCAGUAUACCCUGCUGCGUGGAUGACACUGGGAGCAUGUGCGAGGUAUGCCGAGAUCCUAGGAUUAUCGUGUUCCGAGGCCAAGACGUCGCCUCUGAACCCACCUAUGUCAUGGACAGAGGCGGAAGAGAGGAGAAGAGCUUGGUGGGUUAUCUUCGUCCUCGACCGAUUGUUGUCCGCUGGCGGCAGGAGGUCAUUUCUAUUACCGGAUCCUCCAUCAGAGGGAAGGCUGCCUGGUAAUGAUGAAGCCUGGGAAUCAGGCGACGUCAGAGAAGCCGUAGGCUUCCCCGUCUCGACAGAUAAACAUGUCCCGCAGUAUAACUUUGCUCGUCUUUGCCAAUCUGCCAUAUACAUCGGGCGUUGCGUUGAUUGUGCGAGAACCCAGCGAUCAGGAUCAAGAUCAAGCACGUUUAUCGACGAAGUCAGCUCGCUAAUCGAAGAGCUCAACGACUUUGCAGGCCUAUUGGACUCGGCCACCGAGGGUCCUGGCAAAGGACCUUUUACGAACCCUCUGGCACCAUCUUUCCUCGCGCGUUCUUCACUUUUCAUUCUCUUGGACGUAUUAACUUGCCCAGAGAAAGUCUCGUCAGAUGCAGGAUACGCAGUAUCCCCCAGAGCAAAAUCAGACGAUGAGCUUGCGUUGCAACAUCGGGCAAUGACUCUGGUACAAACAGUAAGCCAAGAUAUCUGCGAAAUGAGUCAUUCUAUCCUGGCGAGAGGAGACACAGGCGCGUUAUCAGUCGUGAGCCCGGAUCCGCGGGUUACUGAAGAGUUUUGUCCCUUUAUCCUUGACGCAAUCUACGCUGCUGCGGUUACGUAUCGUUGGCUACAGAGAGAGGGUGCAACAUCAAACUUUUUAUGUCAGCGGAAUAUAGACACCUUGGAAGCUGUUUUAGAGUUGAUUGGGUCAAGAUGGAGGCUUGGGAAAGCAUACAGCGGCAUGCUGUCUUUAUAU